AUGCAGAAGGAGGUCAAGCAGGCCCCAGUACCUCUAAAGGUACCCGGAAGGAGUGAUGAAGAAGACUCCAGCAGCGAUGAAGAUUAUGCCAAUUUUGACUCUUGCGACACAGAGAGGGACGAAGAUGAUGAGAACAACGAUGGAUUUGGAGAUGAUAUCAAUUCAUCACAAAUUGACCCAAGAGCUACUGAGAACGAAGUGCAAAGAAAGAAGAAGUUUAGAUUUGAAGAUGUAGAUAACGCAAAGAAGACCAACAAAGCCGAACCAGCCAGCAAACAAUCAGUAUCUGCUGAACCAUCAUCGCUCGAAGACCAGUCUGGUGAUAAAUCUAAAGGUGCACCAUUCAAGGAUGAUGAUAAAGGUGUAAAGGACGACGAUAAAGCAUCAAAGGAUGACGACAAAGCAUCAAAAGAUGAUGGCAGCAUCAGAGAUGAUGGAAAACAAGAUUUUGAUGAAGCACCAUCACCUAAAGACGAGGCUGGUGACAAUUAUCAAGGCACACCACGCAUAAAUCGGUACGGGCUUCUGGGAGGCAUGACACUAUUGGACUUAAUGGCUACACCGCCCGAUAGUAAGCCUUUGAUCUUUGAACCACCUAAGUUCCUCGAUGUGCCGCUCGUGCCUAAUGAGAAGGAAGUCUUCAAUGAUAUUGUCGAAAAGGAAUUUAAAGGGGCAAAGGACACGGUCACAAUGUCCGAUGAGAUGAAUUCUGAACCGAAAGAGCAAGCAAAAAAGUUUGAGGACAAGCUUCUGGAAGAUUUGUUGCAACCCCUGCCUGUGGACAAUCUUCCGGAAGAAGUGCCCAAACCCAAGAGAACAAAGAGAAAGGCGGAGCGGUCAGAUCGUGUCGACAACUUGAAGGACAUCAAAUGUUUCAAGGAUGCACCCGAUGCUCCAAGCUUCUCGCUGGGAUUUACAGAUGAUGAGGAUUCUCAAGGGAUGGACAAGGAUCAACUUGCAACAGAAGAUGAACUGUACAGCAUCAUAUGCAGACACACUAGGCACGAAGAUGGGUAUGACAAUAUACCUUGA